AUGCGCGCCUCCGUCCCGCGCAUGCUCGGUAGCAUUCGCGAUGAGAAACUUGCUGGAGAGUCCCGCGCGGGGCUGGAGCUAGGCCCGGUUCGCCAUGGGGAAGAGGGACAACCGGGUGGCUUACAUGAAUCCCAUAGCAAUGGCUAGAUCACGAGGCCCUGCUCCAUCGUCGGGACCUACCAUACAAGACUACUUGAACAGACCCAGGCCAACAUGGGAAGAAGUGAAAGAACAACUGGAGAAGAAGAAGAAAGGUUCCAAGGCCUUAGCAGAAUUUGAAGAAAGGAUGAAUGAGAACUGGAAAAAAGAAUUGGAAAAACACAGGGAGAAAUUUUUAGGUGGAAGCGAGAGUACUUCAAGAAAGAAAGAGAAAAAGAAAAAAGAGAAGAAGAAAUCCAGUAGGUUGUCUCCAUCUUCCUCUUCCUCAUCAAGUUCUGAUUCUUCCAGCAGUUCUUCUGAUUUUGAAGAUGAGGAUAAGAAACAAGGAAAAAAGAGAAAGAAGAAAAAGCAUCACUCUUCACGAAGAUCAUCUGAAAACUCUAGUUCAGAUUCAGAAUCAGAUAAGAACAGCUUGAAAAAUAAAAAGUCAAAGGAAGACUCUGAAAGAGAAAAGGAUACCAAAAGUCUUAGCAGGAAAAGGAAAAACACAGAUCGUGGGGAUGGCUUAUUAUCAUCGGAGUCCUCAUCAGAAUCUGAGCAUUCGGAAGAGGUACAAGCAAAAAAGAAGAAGAGCAGUGAAGAAAAAGAGAGAAACGAUAAAACAAAAAAGCGAAAGAAACACAAGAAACACGGCAAAAAGAAGAAAAAGAAGACAGCUAGCUCAAGCUCUCACUCAGAAUAACACCAGUCAAGAGUCUUACUUUCCUUCUCAAAAAGUGCAAUGAGUCUAGAAAGAACUGAAACUGUGAACAUUAUGAUGAACUCUACCAACUGCAUGAGCUCUUCUGUGUGUGAACAAAAUAUUUGACACUUUCAGCUUGCCUGGUGCCAUUGGGCUGGACAUAGCCAUUGAUGUUGCCUGAUGCUUAAUAUAUUACAUGUACUACCCUCCCCUCCAAUAGCUUGUGUGGAAUGUUUUGAAAUAAGUCCUACAGAAGGUUUAAAUGAUUCAAAAGCAGAAUCAGAUGGAUUGUUACAGAAAAUGUUUUUCCCAUUCAAGAGAUUUAAUGCACACAUGUAGCUCCUACAGCCAGGUGUAAUCCUGUGUUGCUAGGAAAAGAACAUAUUCACUUAUGAAAAGAACUCUGCAUGUGGAUAAGCUUCAUGAGCUGUAAUAAAUGAAGCAACACUUUGUGUAGGCCUCAGAACUCCUGGUAGAUCCAUAAGCAAGACCGGGUUUGGGGCAUUUCCUUUUUAACCCUCUGGCAAUGAAGAUUUUCAUGGUGAAGAUUUUUUGCGAAAUCCCCUUUAAAAGUGAUUGUAUGGCAUAUCAAAUCCUAUGACAUUUUUGUUACUAUUGAUGCCAUAUUUGAAACGAGAACAUACAAGUAACACCCAGGUGUUACUUUUGUACAUAUGUGUUGUGUAGUUUUGCUCCCACUUUCUCAGGUGGGACAUGGAGUAUUCAUGCCUUCAAGGAUGUAGAGGGCAUAUCUUGAUCUUUGCAAAUAGCAGUGUUUGUUGAGACUGUCGAUGUGCUUCCAGAGGUGUUUUCAGAAGCCUUUUUCUUCUGAGUGCUAGAUUCCUUGAGAACCUUUCCUAUGCAGGCCUCAUUAAAAGCAAUGGGAAUUGCAGAAGAGCAGUUGCGUCAAUAUUAUUCAGACAAGGAUAGAUGGGUCGCCACAUUACUUUGUUUAUGUAGCUGCCCCAUUCAUGUGUAUAAUUAUGUCAUUCUUGUAUCCCUGUACUUUAUGUCUGAACAACAGGCGACACAUCUGGCUAUUCAUUCCUAUCUAGUUUGGUUCUCAGUUUAUUCUAUAUACGUAGCAUAAGCUGCUAGCAAAAACAUCGACCUAAUGCAGCAUCCAGAAUGUGAUGUUUUUACUCCUAUUGAUUUAAAAUAAUACUGAAUACUGUGCUAAUAAUACAGAUAAGCAUUAUUUGAAGCGAUGUUAAGUUUAACAACUUUUCCUGACAUUUGUUUUCUUCAAUUGUGAUGUGUGUCAUUUAAGGCAUUUAGAAUUGCAUGAUUUUGUACCAUUUUAAACUUAAUAGGGGGGAAAAAACUGUCGUAAUCAGUGGGUUUUUAAAAAUUAUGUUCCGCAUAACCGCAUUACUUACAGAUAUGAGUUCCUAUUGCAUACGUGCUUAUGUUUUAAGCGCACCCUUGCUGAAGAUAUUUAGCAUGUACAAAGCUGAGGUGGUUUCAACCAGCUUCAUAUUGAAGCUGAUUUUAACUCGACGCAAGUUCAGUGGCAGAACCUUGUUAUGCAAACCUAUGUCUCGGUAUACAGAAUUACUGCCAGACACUUAGUAAAAAUCUGUUUUAAAAGGU